CACGUAAUCCACAGGUUGGUUGGUUUCCUUCCUGCGAAGGCUGCCGAACCCUUGUACGAGUGAGGCAUGGACGGAACCUGAGAAUAUAUACGCUGGUCCACUCGACCUGUGUCUUUUCCCUUUUCCCCAUAUCCAAACAAACCGUUAGCUUUUCAGAGCAUCCAUCGCCUGUUGUUACCUAGAUACCUACUCUUCUCAGGUGCCAGACUCGACUCCUCGUAGUUCCCAUCCAGCUCCCUCUCUCAGCCACUCUACCUGAAGCAUGGCCGAUGCAGGGGAACUUCCAGAGUACAAACUCUACGACUACGAUCCCAACCUACCCGCCAAUGUUGUGUUCACCGUCCUGUUUUCGAUCGUCACCAUCGGCCAGUUCUACUUUUUGAUCCGCAAGCGAACAUGGUACUUUCUCGCUUUUGCGAUUGCCUGUCUGUUCGAAGCAGUAGGCUAUGCCGCGCGUUGCGUUGCCGUUAAAGAAGCUCCGAACUUCACACUCACCCCGUUCCUGAUACAAACCCUGCUCAUCUUGCUCGCCCCAGCGCUGAUGGCAGCGUCUAUCUACAUGGUGCUCGGGAGGUUGAUCAGACUUCUAGACGCACACGAGUACGCAAUUGUGCGGACAAACUGGCUGACCAAGAUAUUUGUUGUGGGGGACGUGUUGAGUUUCAUGACGCAGAGCGCUGGUGGAGGAUUGAUGGCCCAAGCCAAGACGCCGGAUGCCAUGAAGCAAGCUGAAGGGAUUGUGCUCGGUGGCCUUGCGAUUCAGAUUGUGUUCUUCGGCAUGUUCAUCGUCACAACGAUCAUAUUCCACAGAAGAAUUUUGAAGCGUCCAACCGAGAGAAGCCUGAGGGUGGAAGGGCCGUGGCGGCAGCUGAUUCUGGCGCUGUACAUCAGCUCGGUCUUGAUCAUGGUCAGGUCAAUUUUCAGGAUGAUUGAGUUCGGGGCGGGAAAACAAAGCAUCCUGAUGCAAAAGGAAGUUUUCUUGUUGGCCCUGGAUGGAGUGCUGAUGUUCUUGGUCGGAGUGGUAUUUCUGUGGAAGUUUCCGGGGGAUGUUUUGGUGGGGUAUAAGGAGGUGUGGCAGACGACAGAUGAAGAGACGCUGGGGAGUCGCGGAGAGGGGAUUCCCAUGGUGGCUGGAGGUAAAACCGCAUAUCAAGGGGUACGGAGCGGAGAACACGGGAGGUACUCCACCUCAGUCCGGUAGAAAGACCGGAAGACACGUGUUGGCAGAGACAUUUGUUCGGGCAACGGGACUAGAAGGACAAGAAGCCUAUGGCGUUAGAAGAGAGGUUGGGUUUAUCAGUUUUGCAUGUUUCUGGUAGAAGGCGUUAUUGAUGAUUGAUUUCCUCAUCUCUAGAUUGAUGUCAUGAUACUCCGCGGGAGCAUGUGAAUCCACAGCUUCCUUCUGGAAUAAGUUGCGACAAA